AAGAUCACACAAUGUAGAAUAUUAUCCUCCCCAAAUAUUCGAAAGUCAUUGGGCUUAUGUGACAUAAAUAUAGAUUUUAUCGAAGAGGCUACGAAUGCAUAGCACAUUUGAUGUCAAGGAUUUUUUUUUUUCCCCUAUGAUGAUAUUUUCAUAUGUGAGGUUUUUAUUUUAUUCCAUCUUUUUACGAUUUUUUUUUAACAAAAACAAAAAUCUUCCUAUACAAUAUUUCACUAGAGUAUGGACUUUCUUUUUGUUUUUGUUGAACUACCCUACGCCAUUACUUUUCCUCUUAUCUUACCUCUCUUUUCUGUUUUUUUUUGUUGUACAAUUCUUCUCCCCCGGGAAAUUUCCGAAUUAUGGGUUAGGGUUAUCUCAUGUAAAAUGAUUCAAUUACAACCAAGUUAAACGACUGAAAUACCAAAAUAGACAAAUUUCAGCAAGCUUAACGAUGAAUGCAAA